AAAGAAUGCGACGAAUUUGUAUUUAUCACUCAGAAAUAAAAGAUGAAGUGAACUGAUGGCCUUAUUUUGAAGUAGCCGGUUGCAAAGCCGUGUUCCCUGAGUAAAAAGGAAACUAGCUUACUCUUCAGCACCUGCCAUGUACAGAUUAAGCAGAAGAUUUCGUAGACGAUUUGGGAAGGACAAAGAAGAGAAGAAGGAUAAACAUGCAUUGGACUAUGUCAUCGUUCUACUCGAUAGCAGCGAUCUCUCGUUCAAUUUGCAUAAAAAGGCCAAAGGACAAGAACUUCUUGACCUUGUUUUUAAGAACCUGGAUCUUGUAGAGAAAGACUACUUUGGUCUUCAGUUUAUGGACACACAUCAAGUUUCGCAUUGGUUAAAUCCUAUGAAAAAAAUCAAGAAACAAGUCAAAAUUGGUCCUCCAUAUACAUUACACUUCCGAGUCAGAUUUUAUGCUGCAGAACCACAAGACUUGACAGAGGAACUUACCAGAUAUCACUUCUUUCUGCAAAUUAAGCAAGAUAUAUCCAGAGCAAAGCUUGAGGUUCCACUCAAGGUUGGUGUUGACUUGACUGGCUACAGUUUGCAAUCUCAUCUUGGUGACUUUGAGCCAGAGCUUCAUGAAGCAUCAACUGAUUACAUUACGGAAUUCAAGUUUAUUCCCAAUCAGACAAAAGAGUUGGAGAAAGAAAUCAAGAAAAAGCAUAAAGCUCUUGUUGGCUUGAAUCCAGCUGAAUGUGAAGUUAAUUUCCUCAAGAUUGUGAAGAACAUGGAUUUCUAUGGAGUUGAUAUCCAUACUGUUGUAGGGGAAAACAAAAUGGAGUGCCAGCUGGGUUUGACACCUCGUGGUAUUUUGUCCAUCAAGGACAAAGAGAAGAGGACAAUUUUUGCGUGGCAGAAGAUUACCAAAAUCUCAUUCAAGAAAAACAGAUUUCACCUGGAGUACCAGGGGGCUCAACGGCAUGCUGAAAGUUACACGUACACGUGUACCAGUUCCCUCGCUGCCAAGCAUCUAUGGAAAAGUGCUAUUGAACAUCAUACAUUCUUUAGACUCGUAAAACCAACUACAAAGCCAAAGAGAACGUCCAGCUUCCUACGCUUUGGAUCACGUUACAGAUAUAGCGGGAGAACAGAGCAUCAGGCUCAAAGAGAUGCGAGAAUGAGCGCCAGGAAGUCACUCAAGAUUCAAAGGGCAACAAGCGAACGAUUUUCAAAGAGACCUACUGUUGGCUUUAUUCGUGUUGGUUCCCGAGUUUGGGGUAAGGCGCUGAAUGGUGAUUUUUACAAAGGAGUGGUGACUGGUUUAGGAGAAAUGCUGCACAUAAAGUUUGACAAUGGAGACACUAUUGCGCAUGACAGAACUGACCCUGAGUGUGUUGUAUUUGAUCAAGUUCCUGAGAUCAGUGACUUAGAAAUUGGGAGUCGCGUGAUCGCUCAUUGGCCAAGUCUGCCCGCUAAGCUGUCUGGGAAGGUGAUUGGUAUUGAGCAUGGCAAGUACUAUGUGGAGUAUGAUGAUGGAGACAAACAUCACAACACUAUAGACCAGCUAAGGAUACUCAAACCACCUUUGUAUUUCGGACCCGGAGCCAAAACUCGGCGAGGCCUUAGGAAAGUAGAAUCAAUGAAAGUAACAAGUUUGACUGGUCGAGCUGUGAUUACCACUGAACUGCCUCCACGCUCCAACUCUAAUGGUUAUGUUAAACCUGAAGAACAUCUCUCAUCUGAGGCUGUGGAUGGUGUCAUAUCUUUACCAUCCACGUCAGAGACUAGGAAGGUCGACGAUGAUUCUUCCGAAUUAUUCGGUGCGUCGAGCGUUUCCGGAGGUCUCCCAGACGAUCGACCGAAGAAUAUCCAUGCGCGAUCAGCGUCGCUUCCUGCCAAUGUUCGACUUCCACGUUCGGCUUCCACCAAACACGAUAGCACCUCGUCAUCUCCUUCUACGUCGCCCAGAACAGACAAGAAAGCCACUCGGAACAAGUCAUUUGCGGGAACAACCAAGGCCUCUUACGCCAAAAGAGCUCCGCUGGAGAUUUUCUCGUUGCCUGAAACAGAUGUUGACUCGGGUAUCUCAGUGGCUUGUGAGAGACCAACGUCGGGAAGGCAAUCCAAACGAAACCUUCGAAUAAUGGAUCUAAUGAAGAACAGUAAGGAGGAUGAAAAGAAAUCGGGAAAAUCCAAAAGUGACGAAACGCACAGCCAAUCAAAGCGUGACAAAAAAUCUGGAAAAGUGAAGUCUGUAGGUUCCACGCCCGCUCGGCCAGACAUACGGGUUUCUCCGAAUGCACCUUACGUGCCGAAUUACUUAGAGACAGACCUUGACUCUGAUUCAGGGAAGCACAGUAAUUACUUCGUGGACGAUCAGCGAAGCUUUCGAGUAUUUAUACCCAGUGAUAGAAACAAGCGAGAUCAUAAAAAGCGCUUCACUACAAUUGAUGGAAUUUCUGCUUCAGACGAAAGAUUACUUCGAGGAAAAGGCGCUUUUCCUGUGAAAAGGAGACGAAGUUCACUUCCGGAGCUGCGCACAAUUUUCAAUCAAAAACAGGAAGAGAACAAUCCUCAGGGUAACGAGAAUAAACUGACAAGGAGAAAUAGAACGCAUUCCCUGAACGAUCUCGCCAAAAUGUCACCAACCAACAGAAAGGCUACGCCACUACAUAUUGACAACUUGUCUAGUGCAACAGACAAUCGGUGUGACUCACCGUUGUUUUCUCCAGGCAUGGAGCAGAGUGCCUCAAGCAAUAAACUGUUACUUGUCACCGAUUUAUAGCGAGACUACUGGGACAUCAGAUGCGGCAAUAUGCCUCACGCAUGACGCGGAAAGUCAUAUACAUGAAGUGGGACGCAGAUGAUCGGUUCGUUACAUAAUCCCAAUGUUAAAAACCCUAGCAAUAGAAUAUCAAGGUGGAAAAGACGCUUUUUUUAUUACAAAACCUUCUUCCCUUUUUAUGUACAGUGAAGAUAUCCUGAAUUUGUUAAGUUUAUAUUUACGGGACCAAAAUUUGAAAUUUCGAAUGACAGCUACAAUUAUCGCCUGCUAUUGCUUAAACUAAUUGUUAUGUCUCAUGUAUUUAGGCGAAGCUUUUUUAAUGUGUUUUCUUGAUUUUACUGUUAUUUUUCCUAGAAAUAUCUGUUGAUUAAUAUUUUUUGUAGUGGUAUUUUCAUUGAUGGACGUAGUAAAGAAAACUGUUAGUACUUUAAGUUGGCAAUAAUCCUUUCUUGAGAACUGUCUCAAUUGUAAAUCAUAAUAGUAGUAAUAUAUUAUAGGAAAUAUGUCAAUUGCGAACAAACAGCAAGGUUUUGUUGUCAUUUUGAAAUCACUGUAAAAUUAGUGACUGGGUUACAAAACUACUUUAAUUUCUGUAAAUGAGGGCAGAAGUUGAAUUACACUAGUUGAUUGUGGCUACCGCUCCUUGAUUGGUCGAUAAGAUUGUCAGCUGUCUCCUGUCUCCCCGCGGGCGCUUCUGGCGGUAUUGGAGCGAGGAAACUGCUGACACCUCAGACUAAGUUUGCAAUUGGUUGUUGAGAGGUUCCGAUCAACUAUUGGCCAUAUUGUUAUGAGCCAAUGAUUCGGGGACCUUUCUGGUGUGGUGACUGGUUCUAUUUAAAUAAUGAGAAUGCGAUUUAAGACGAGACCCACAGGCUUAAUAGUUUGAAAUCCUUGUAGACUUGUCUAAUUCCCAAAUUUAGGCGGGAAAUAGCGAAAUUAUUUACCAAACAAAUAUUUGAAGCCGCUAGUUCGUCUUCAAAACAUAAGAUACUCAGCUACUUCAGAAAUGUUACGACGGUGCAAGGUAAUUGUUCCACUGCUUUAAAAUAUUUUUACCACUGCCCGAGAAUUCUUUUGAACGGACAGCUAAUAAUCAAAACAAAUAAGUUAAGAAGAGAGACCAUGAUUGCAAUGGUAAUGUGAAAUAAAAGCUUUACAAACCGGUUA